UGAGCCGGUGCCGCCUCCAGGAGACACUGACAGCCGCGGCAGCUGUGCGCCGAGUGAGGCGGGGGCGCUGCGCCCGCAGCUGGGCAGCGGGCGGAGGCGCCUUCAUCCACCACCCAGGAGAUGGUCAAGGCUGCAAAGGGAACGUCUGCCUGAGAUUUGAAACCGAGACAAGGGUAAUUGGCUCUAAAUGAGAAUAUGGCCAAUGGCAUUGAAGAUCUUAUUGGGAUCCCAUUCCCAAACCACAGCAGUGAAGUCCUUUGCGGUUUAAAUGAACAGCGGCAUGAUGGUCUACUCUGUGAUGUCAUCCUCAUUGUCCAGGACCAGGAGUAUAGGACCCACAGGUCUGUUCUUGCAGCCUGCAGCAAGUACUUUAAAAAACUCUUCACUACUGGCACUUUAACAGACCAGCCCUAUGUUUACGAGAUUGACUUUGUCAAGCCUGAAGCACUUUCUGCUAUCCUAGAGUUUGCCUAUACUUCAACCCUUACCAUCACCACCUCCAACGUCAAGCACAUCCUCAACGCAGCCAAGAUGCUGGAGAUCCAGUGUAUUAUCAAUGUAUGCCUUGAAAUCAUGGAGCCUGACAGAGAAGCUGAAGAGGAAGAUGAUAAAGAGGAUGAAGAGGACGAUGAUGACGAAGAAGAUGAGGAUGACGAAGAGGAGGAGGAGGAGGAAGAAGUGGAAGAUUUUGUGAAUCAGGAGAACCUCACGGAUGUCCAAGAAGUAAGCUGUCACCAAAGCCCUUCAAAGUCUGACCUUACUGAAGAAACAUAUACAGAAGGACCUAGAGACUUCCCACAUCAUUACCCAGCCCAUAGCUCUGCCGGCCACUUGGGCAUGAUACGAGACUUUUCCAUCGAGUCAUUACUAAGGGAAAAUUUGUACCCUAAAACGAACAUUCCAGAAAGGAGGCCAGCCCUAUCUCCCUUCACACCAGACUUCUUUCCCCACCUGUGGCAUGGAAAUUUCAGUUCCUUUUCCCAGCUAGAAGAGCAGCAAGUGGACAAUGGCCCUUUGGACCUGGUGAUCAAAAAGAGGAAGAUUAAGGAGGAGGAGAAGGAGGAGCUCCCUCCGGCUCCUUUCCCUAAUGACUUCUUCAAGGACAUGUUUGCUGGCAAUCCAGGAGGUCACUUAGGGCACAUUAAGGCAGAGAACGACUAUAGCGCUUAUCUCAACUUUCUAAGUGCCACCCACCUGGGAGGAGUGUUUCCUCCAUGGCCCCUGGAGGAAGAAAGGAAGAUAAAGCCCAAGGCAUCUCAGCAGUGUCCGAUCUGUAACAAAGUCAUCAUGGGGGCAGGGAAGCUGCCACGGCACAUGAGAACCCACACAGGAGAAAAGCCAUACAUGUGCACUAUCUGUGAAGUUCGCUUUACCAGGCAGGACAAGCUAAAAAUCCACAUGCGGAAACACACAGGAGAAAGGCCAUACCUCUGCAUACACUGCAAUGCCAAAUUCGUGCACAACUACGACCUAAAGAACCACAUGCGCAUUCACACGGGUGUCCGGCCUUACCAGUGUGAAUUCUGCUACAAGAGCUUCACUCGCUCCGACCACCUCCACCGCCAUAUCAAGCGGCAGAGCUGUCGAAUAUCAAGGCCCAGGAGGGGGCGCAAGCCCGCAGCCUGGAGGGCGGCCAGCUUGCUGUUUGCACAGAAUGGCCAGCCAGAUGAAAAAGGCUUCAUGAUGCCUCCAACUCUGGAGGAGAUGAGCAGCCAUCUUGGCACCACGGCCAUGUGCCUUCCAGGCCCCAGCCACAAGCACUUCAUGAGUGGGGCCAAGAAUGCUCUAAACCUGCAAGAUCUAGAGAGCCAGUUUGAAGAAACCCAAAUGAAGCUGUUUGGGAGGACACAUCUGGACAUGGAAAGGAAUGGGGGCAUCUUUGCCUUUGCCCUGGGCCAUAACGAGAACAUCUCUGCACGGCCAUACUUCCCUCUCCCUGACCCUUGGAGCACAGGAUUCAAUGGACUGCCCGGACUAAACCAUGUGGCUCCAAUUUCUGAGGCUAGCAACUAAACCAGUUCUACCCAUGUAUUGGGUGUGGUACGUUCCAUACCAUUCUUAAAGAGUGAACAACUCUCUCUGAUUCUCACCUGCUGUCUCCCAUCAUCUCACUCCAAAGAAACAAUUGGUCUCCCAUGUGAAUCUAGACUGUGCCGUAGGAUGGUAGGCGGAGCCACACCCGAACAGACAACGGACAUUCUUCUGAAUGAGGUGCUGCUGUUGAUAUUAUUCUGUGAUUGUACUAGGAAAUGUAGGUUGAGUUUGUCUGUGACUCCAUCAGCACAGUCUGCUAGGGGUGUCCUUUUAGACCAUUUGUAGGACGCUUGGCAUAAGAGCUGACAAGCUUGUCUCCUCCCAACCUGCCCUUGGUUCUUGGAAUCCAAUUUUGAGGGAGUGGGAAGGGUCAAGCUCCAGGAUGCAGGUGGCUGGUCUUUUGAAUGCUUCUGAAAACAUCAUUUGCCUCAGUUUGGAGGUCAAGACAGUGCUUCGGAAGGAGAUUUCCAUUGCUCUCCAUUCGUGAUACCAGAUGGUCAGCUGGACAUCAGUGAAGAUGGCAAACCAUUUUUUGGCCACUUCUAAAUUCCUUGUUUUUUUUAACCCCAUAAUCAAAUGACAAAAACAGUCUGAAAGGGCCUCGACAUGGGUCAGAUUCUUAGCUGGUGCAAAUGAAUGCCCCUCUGUGAAGCUGUGCUGAUUUAUUGCAGCUGAGGAUCUGGCCUAGGGUCAUUACCAAUUACUAGCAAAUAUGUCACAUGUCAGAAUCCCUUGCCGAAAUUCUGAGCAUACAAAGACCCUGCUGUACAGGAGCAUCUGGGAAAAGGAUUCGGAUAUUGCUCAGGGGAUCCUGAUUGAAAAUUAUUAUACUAAAGAGUCCACAAAACAAGACUGUCACUGAGUGCCAGUAGAAAUCAUUCUUCAGCAUUUGUCAGCUCAGAAAUAUAGGGCUUACAACAUAAAAUAUGAGAUACUCCACUGAAAGAAGGCAUUGGUAGCAAUGUGCUUCUAGUUUCCACUUUUAAACAGUGGUGGUAACUUUUUAACAAACAGUCUACUGAGGUGACCUGCAGUUAGUUUGAUGCCAAUACAGAGACUGGUUUUAAGUUUAAUCAAGGCUCAAAAAUGUAAAUUUUAAAAACUAUGGCGUGCACGCUCUUCUUUUUACUGUUAUCUUUCGGUUUCAGCAGAAUCAAAGGGAACCAGAGGACCAUAGUUUCUUUUUUUUUAAUUUCAGUUCAUCUAUUAAAGGUGCUGCUCUUCAGUCACAAUUCAAGGAGGGUCACUCUGCUGGAGCACUGACGUUGCUACGUGCACGGGACAAAAUGAGAACCCUCUUCGAAGUCGCUCUCACAUAUGAUUCCCUUUGUCAAGAAGCACUUCGAGCAUAAAUAAUUCCUUUCUGCUUUGAGAACACAUUUAAAAGAAUGAUCCUGAUGAACUGCCUGAGACUAUCUUCCCCCCGCCCUCCAAAAUUAAAUGCACAGAGACCCUGUGUGCCAUGAACAGUGGGAACUGGAAAGAAAACUUUUUAAAACUGCAUCAAACUUUUUUUUGUAUAUGUACCAACUUCUUAUACAAACUACAUUUUACAGACAACUGGUUAUUUCAGGUGUUUUUGUCUACGAUUUGGAGUCAUGUAAAGUAUCCAAAGAUGCUGAGUACUGUAUAAUCUACGAGAACUUGAAGCAAGGUGUGUUUUUGGUUUUAAUUUUGUUUUUGGUUUUUAAUUUUUUUUUUCCUGUUUGUCUGUGGGGAAAAAAACUUUGGAAGUUUUCUAUUUAUAACUAUUUUUAUGUGAUUGCUUUAUGUACAAAAAAAAAAGAAAGGAAAAAAAUACACACAAACAAGUUUGCCUUAGUUAAUCAUGGGACAAUCAUCCUUAACUUUAGUUGAACCUAUAGAUUUUUUUAAAACGACAGGCUACUUUUACAUAUUUAUUAAACAGUAUUAAUUGAGUCUCUUAAAUUCUGAACAGGACUUGGUUCUUGAGUGUGUGGCAAACAUUGGAAAGCCAAACUGUUCCAGAAGUCCAACCAAUGACAAAUUUUUACUGCAACAUUUAAAUGCCAAUUUGUUUGCAGAAUAUACAAAUUUGGCGGCUUCCAAAGGCUUUUUGUAAAAUAUUCACUCCUUUAUUUAAUUGUCUAGCUGCAAUGUUUAUGGUUAACGGAAACCAUUGUUAUUAUUAUUACAAUAAGAAGUUAAGGCUGAUUUUCCCUGAAUGAGCUCUUUUUGGUUGUAUGUAGCUGGCUGAGAUCAUUUCAUGGUGGAAGGAAUAUAACAGACUCUAUUUCUGCCUUGCAGUUUCUUUACAUUUCAAUGUUGUGCGGUGAUGUUGGGCCACAGGUAUAUAUACAGGUGUUCAUGUGUGUGUGAAACAUUGGAGGGCGCAUCUCACCGUGCCUUCUCCAUGACCCUGCCAUAACUCAGCCUUGCUCUCCUAAUCAUGAACUGCAUGUCAACCGUGACUGUCAAUGAGGUUCUUUUCAGCUGCUCCCUGGGAGUCUGA